GUAGUAGUAGUAGGCGGGAUGGCAGGAUGAGGAUGAGCUGGUGAGAGAACCAACGUACUUGCACUUAACCUUCAUCCGUCAUGCUUGGAUGUAAUGGACGCGGGUGAUGGGAUGAUAAAAUCCCUGUUUUGUGCCUUCAGAUACAGCGCUUUGCGUGUGUUUUGUUUGUAGUGUGCAGAGGAUCACGAUUUAACUUAGAUACAACCUGCAUCCGUCUUCCUCUGACGGAUGGCUUGACGGGUGAUCGCCUCCUGUUUCAUCCACCUUUGAUGACACUUCGUUUUACUUGCAGCCACAUGAAGACAACCUGGAUGAUGAUGUUGAUGUAGUGAGAUUGAUGUUAAGUGAGUUUACAGUGCGCUGUGAAGCUUUAUUGCUCGAUGGAUUGUGUCUUAGUGAUUUUGUACCUUUGUGGUGUGUGAUUGUUUUCUCCAUUCAACUCAGGAUGUGUAUUGUAGACCCCAUUCGAGUGUAAAGUCCAAGAUUUUAAGUCAGUGUCGAUGCGUAGUUACAUAUAAACAUUAGAUUGCAUCAGCUGAGGAAGACGCCAUGAGGACGUCAGGGCUGCGUUUGUUGUGCCUCAUCACGUAGGCAGUGAAAGAAAUAGAAGGUUCAAAGAUACCUCACCGGCCUUUGCUGUCCUGGUUCCCUUCGAAAUCCAAGAAGAGACUCCUGAGAGAUUUCCGAGAAAACGGAAAUAGCAUCUCACCCAGUGAUUGAGGAGAUCCCCAUGAGGAUUACAGUCAGUGGGUGUAUCUGGGUGCCCCUAGGAGGCGGUGGAGUAGCCUAGGACGCAGUGUCUAAAGAAUAAGAAGGAUUAUCUUUUCGUGUGUGAUGGUGGAGUGGUGGAGUCGCCGCCGAAUAGGAAGAUGAGUUCCAGCGACGUGGGUGCAGUGGUGGGGGCCGUGCAGUGGGGGGAAGAGGGCUCCUAUGUCAAGGAGGUGGCUGCCCGGGGUCCCCUGCCCCAGCUGGCCAAAGUCAUCAAAGGUCAGUACUUGGGAGUAGGUGUCCCUUCCCUGGCGAAUCCAGGCCUUGCCUCAACACUCCUCCUGCUGUCGGCCGGUUGCGGCCUCCGCAUAGCUGCACAGUGUGUUAAAUUCAAAGAGGGACGCAGAGUCGUGCCUGUCGGACCAAAGUUAACAAUCCCAGAGACUUUUGAUGGGUAUUUUGAGAUUCUCAGUGAAGAUGGGAGAGCAGUUCGGUGUAUAGAAAGUGUUUCAGAACUAGCUAAGCGUUUCCCAGACUCUGUUCUUGUGAGGGAAAACAUUAAGGCAUAUGUAUCCCGUUCAGAUGACGUGGACACUAUCACAGAGAAGUCAAGAGCUGUCCAGGCUGGUGAGACAUUAGUCCUUGUAGGUGAAGUUAUAGGCUCAAAAAAUUCCAAAAGUCAACACCGCUUCCUUCGGUGCUUCGACCAAGCUGGACAAAAUGUGUAUUUGUCUUACGAUUCACGUGGCAAAUUCUCAGCUAUAGCAAAAGAAGACAAUAUUAGUGGCGUACACAGUAUUCGUAAUCUGCUCAACAAGCGGCUACCGCUUAUGGUCCGUAUGGUCCAUGGCCGCCCUCCUGUAGGUGCUAAGGCAGCCUCACAGUUCCUACCUGAAUUGCGAUUGUUUGCUGCCUUUUCAGAGGAGGUGUUGGCUGCCUUACCCCUUGGUAAAGACACUCCCCUUAUACUGCUUCCACCUACAGCUCCUCUCAAAUUAGUGCAUGCACGCAAUGCUGAUCACGUGGAGAAAACAAAGGAAUUUAUGCGCCUCUGUGAACGCGCAUCAUCCUUACUGCAGGAAGUAGCAGACAGAAUCCAUGUCUAUGAUGUGUCAAUGGGAAGCAAAGGUGGUGGAAUGCGUGACCCACGGUUUGCCAAUUGGCCUGACCAAAACAAGCAUCGACACAAGCAUCACCAUCAUCACAAUCACCGACAGCAUCAUCGCACCAAAAGUCCUCCAGAGAAGAAACCGGGGGAUGAGUCAAAUGUUCCAGAUGACUAUGAUGAGAUAGACCAAAUAUACGAUUAUGUUCGUGGUUUUGCUCCACUACCCAAACACAUAAAAUCUCCAUAUGCAAGUGGUGAGGGUGUCACACCUGGGCGAAGACCUCAGGCUCCAACACCUUUAUCCCCGGACAGGACGGAUUCCAGGCCAACGCCACCACCUAUUGAGACCAUUCCAACUCGAAAAGGGGACCAUAGAAUCGUUGAAAAACUUUCCCCUUCUGUACAUCCAGCUCUGAUAUCAGCUGCACUGGACAGAGCAACUGAGAGGAGAGUGGAGAAACGAACUCGGAAACCCGAAGAGAAGAAACCAAGUUUCCAGCAUCAGACGUCACAUCAGGAAUCCGUUCAGUCUCAGUCACAGUCUUCUGGGCAGAUUACAUCUCCUGUGAUGCCACUUCAGGAAAACAAGCCUGGAAACAAUAAAUUAUUUGUCAAGGCCUCACAGCAGCGUAGUCAGAAAACGCGCAUGUUUCGCCACAAGUCAGCGUCUCCAGUGAAGGAAGCCCUGAUGGAGGUGGUCAGCGUUGGUCCUGGCGGUGGAGCCGUGACUCCUGGCAUCGGAGGGUCUUCUCCUUCGCCGCUUUUCAAACUGCGUUACAAGUCCCUCACCAACCUUGCCAUGGACUUCGAUACCCUGGACUCCAGUAUGUCAGGAGGGAAGGGGUCAGCUGACUCUGGUGGAUCUGCUGCAAUCAAAGCCAAGUUGCCAGAGAAACGCAGUAGAAAGUUAACUAGGCCUAAGAGUUUGACGAACCUGGUUUGGGAUGGUCGAGGGCCUGCGACAGAUGCCCUUGGCUUGAGCAGCACGACUAGGGCAUUACUGGAAGCAGAGAGAAAACAGAGGCUAGAGCCUGGCGUCUAUCGCCAUGGCAGGGAUGCCCCAGCCUUGCUAGCUGCCACGACGCGACUCCUGGCGUCUCAGAAAAAGAUUGGAACUCUCUACUUAUGAGACUAACCCUGCGCGUAGAAAACGGACCUGCAAUUCCAAGUGGCCAUAGAAGUGUCUGUCUUUCGAAGAAAUUGACAAAACCAGAAAUCCCGCUCGGCUUUCGCUACAGCUGCAUCCAAUUCCACCAUUACAGUUCCACCAUUGCAAGACUUGGACAAGGACGAAAUAACAGCGAAGGCAAUUGAUGAAAUUAACGCAAUGUGCAAAACAUAUAGACGUUCCUAGUGUAAGGUUUCAGAAAACAAGAAAAAAUUCCAGACUCAAAUUAUAUCUACUCAAUUGUAUCACCUUUAGUACUCUGUGUGAGCAAUAAUCAUGUUGUUCGUUGUAAGCACCCACUUUUGUUAAUCACUGUUAAAAUGUUAAUUGUAAGUGCAAGUCAUUAAAGUUAAUUUGUUAAUUUUAAACAAAUUUGAUGUAAGUUUUUGAGGUUCAGUAAAGAGGGAAAUAUAUGUGUUUAUAUAAGAGUUUUGAAGUAAAGUUAUGAGAGAAACGCUGCCAAACUCUCAGUUCUCUUUUAUGUGCGAAAGAGAAUAUUGUAACAAAUUGGAAAAAAAAAGACAUAUGGGGAUGAUUUUUAAGAGAGAACUUUAUAAAUUCACUAAAGAAAAAAUCGAAACAAAUGGCCUUAUAUGAAUAUUUUCUGAAUUUCAAGGUACGAGAAAUCUUAGGAUCUCGUGGGGAAAAGCUAUGGCCAGAAAAGGUGAUGCGUAACUCACAAAAUAAGACUAACAAAGAAUUCCUCAAAGGAAAGAACAUGGAUUAGAAGCUGUAAUUAUCUUACCACUAUGGUGCAGUUAGCAAGAGAAGUAAUUUAUUUAUUUAAGAUUUGCUUCUUAAGGAACAAAAGAACUACCGAGCUCAUUCAGUACUGGUGCCAACCUAUAUACUCCCAUUUUACUUUUAUCGUAGUCAUUCCUAAAUUUCAGCCAAGGCUUUUCGAAGUAGAUUAAAUGGCCGCCUUGUAGGAAAACAGUACAGUACUCCAAUAACCAAACAGCUGUUUGCGAACGGAGGAGAUAAACAAGCUUCCUCUCCUAAUGGAUUUUUGCCUCUCUUCUCUCAGCCCCUAGAUGCUAGUAGUAGAUCAGAACGCCUUUAUUAGCUAGAACCUAUCUAGAGCCAAUCACCAUUAACGAAUACCAGUUGUAUACCUGUAGGCACAGAUUAGUGGGAGCGAUAUACGAAUUUCUUUCAAAUGGCAGGAAAGCAUGUUUGUCCCAUUAAGAGAUUCACAAAUGUUUAACCCCCCCCCCCUCCACAACACGAGAACUAGGCCUGCAUGCCUUCAGAUACAGGUCCCAUUCCCGGAUAGACGUCCAGUGUCCUAAUCCCAAAUCCUACAGUACGGAAAAGUACACACAGUGAAAAUUGUAGAAAAAUUAGUAGUUUUCAAAUAAAUUUCUUCAUUUCAGCAUACUACGUACCUUUCUCGCCUCGCUAGUUUAGCUAGUUGGUAUUGCUGCUAGUUGGCCAAGGACAGCUAUGCUAGGAAAUCUUCCAUUUAUAUUUAAAAAAUAAAGUGACUGAAAUUUGUACCUAACACGAUGCUCAAUUGAGGUGAAUGGUGAUUGCAGGUAAAUGGGAAAAAAAAUUCAGGCAACCACACUUAGGAUUUUAGCUUAUAAUGAAAUUUUUUACUUAGAAAUAAUUUCAAGAUAAUAAAUAAUUAGUGGAAGUUACAGUUACGAUUACAUUAAAACUGCUUUCUAAGUAUUCAAGUGUUACAUGAAAACUUGAAGAUUAUUUCUUUUCACAUUCACGAAUAUAUGUAUAAUUGGCCUGCGUUUCAUUUAUGGCGAUGUAGCCUAGCAAAUGAAGCACUAGAUAAAUUUGAGUAGUACUGACCUGUCAAGAAUUAAUCCUAGGGAAACUAGUGACCUGUUUCUAUCCAAUCUUGGGGAACUUAAGACCUGUUCUAGCCGUUUCAUAUCCCAGUUAUAGUUUCUAAACUAGUUAACAGGUCCCGUUAUGCGAAGUUGAAUUUACAAUACAAUAUCUUUUAUUUAUCAUAAACCUACUAUGGUACCUUGGCACUAUUUUGAUUAUGGCAAUCAUGCUAAUGCUGAAGACAGUACAUAAUGUUUUAAUGCUAAUUUAGUAAUUGGCUAGCAACUGCAUAACUAUUUAAAUAUUUGUCAAAACAAAAUUAUUCUCCCACGGCCAUUGGAAUAAAAUUGCACGAGAACAGGGUUUAGGUUAAAAAGUCUUAUAAUUUUUCCCAUGAAAAACAAAAAAAUCACAGUCGUAUGUCGACGUUUUUUUUAUUUGUAUAUUAGCAAGAUCUUUAAAAUGAAACCAUGUGAUUAUGAUAUAUUUUUUUUUUGUAUUUGUAUUUGUACAUUAGCAAGAUCUUUAAAAUGAAACCAUGUGAUUAUGAUUAUGAUUUUAUUUGUAUUUGUAUAUUAGCAAGAUCUUUAAAAUGAAUCCAUGUGAUUAUAAUGAUAUGAAUUUUGCUUGUGAUAUUUUAUAGAGAAAUAGAAAGGAAAGAGUAAUAAAUAGAUUUUGGCGUAGAUCCUUUUUCUGUUUCAUCAGUAGUGCGAAACAGACGUUAAGGAAAAGUAGAUGAUGAACUCAAAGAUAUGUUAAAAGGUUAUCAGAUAAGUGUUUAAAACUUUUUUUUUCAUUUGAACUGCUGAUUGGAUAGGUGAAAUAAAUGUGUGUGUGUGUCUGAGUGCGUGUGUAGGGUGUAAAUAAAUAUAUAUAUAUAUAUAUAUAUAUAGUGCUUGUAUGUAACCCAGUUUGCAUUCUCGUGAACCAAUUUUAUUGUUUUUUUCCCUUUUCCUUUUCACGAUCAGUAUUGCAUUUUUUAUUUAAGCGUCUUGUAAUCACUUGUGGGCUCUUUAAAAUAUCCAAUUUAGCUUUUUUUGGGGAAAGCAAAUAUCUAUAUUUUUCAAUCUCGCUUUAUUAACUCAAUAAGUCCAGUUCCCCCCCAGUGAUAAUUUUUUCCAAAAUAUGCAUUAAUCAUAUCUUGGUGGUGGUGGUGGGUUUUUUUUGGGGGGACAUUGGUUGAAGCCAAGGGUUCCUUUACAAUGGUUUGGUUAUGAGGGCUAAAGGUUGCUUCGUUGUUGCUGGGUCAACAGUGUUCAUGUUUCAGAUAUUAUAGGUAUUUAAAGUUUUUUCUGACAACUUUUGAUACUGGCAAAAAUUGAAAAUUGGAGCCUUACAUUAAAGGAUUUCAUCAGUAAAUCAGUUUUUAACUUUAGUAAAAACUUCAGUAAAUCUAUGGAGUUGAAUUCAUAUUCGAUGUAUAUUCAAUAUUACUCAAGGGAGACACGCUGUCUCUCGCAGUAUUUUGCCAAAUUACGUUACUUUCAGCAAUAAAAAGUAAAGUAUAACAAAUACUCAGUAAUAACUUAUAAUUAUCCAAAGACUGCACAACAACUUUGCUUAAAAAUUGAUUAGGUGCCUAAUCAUAUUUACAUAUAAACAACCUAAUCUCUACUUGCUUGCUUUAUUAGAUUUUUUUUUUUUUGCAGCAGAACCCGAGCUUUGAAAACUUGGUUGUUGAUGGUAGUAAACAGUUAAUUACAUUGGUUUCGAGAGCCCCUUUUGGUUAUUAGACGAAAAUCUCAACAGCCCAAUUGCUAUUGGCUGUUGACUAUUAUAUAUAGUGUUGCCAUAUUGCAUUCCAUACGUUCUCUCUCUCUCUUUCCUUGUUUUUUUCCCCCUUUCACGUCCACUUUAAGCAUAGUAGUAAAUAAGCACGAACAGCAGUGAGCGAUACAUACAGACAGACUGAUCUAACUUAUACCCUGUUCCAUAAUCAACAUAACUUCAUUUACACCUUCAUAUUAAUUUACUCAUUCUCCCAACACCUCAUGCGCUACCUAACUUCAUUUAACUUCGUUUCGAAGUCUUAAAAGUCUUUCAAUGUUCAUUUACGUUCACUUGUCUCGUACUCAUUACUUUUUACAAGUCAUUCACGUUCAGUUUGUGUGAAAAUUAUCUUUGCAGUCACAGGAAAAACUCUUUUGCUUGUCUUGUGAUUGAAGUGGGGAACGUCUAGCCCUCCUGAUUCUCACAAGUGUUACAAGUGUUGCAUUGAAUGGAGGAUUGUAUUUCUCCAUUCCUGAAAUGUUUCUUGUCUGCUCCAACUCCCUCCUGUAAAUCCAUAAAGCUCAAGAAUUAGUUGGGCCACGCUCUCAGGUUCAACAUGGGCUCAGCUUGAAUUAGUUAAGUAAUGAUGGUGUGUCUCAUUUAAGAGUAAAUUAGAGUUUCGGUUAUGAUGUGUGUCAUUUCAUUAGGUUGUUCUGUAUAGUUUUUUCCCUUUGGGAUAUAUAUAUAAAAAAGUGAUGGUUUAAAAAGGUAAUAUUGAUUACCUGUAAUGUCAUUCUCUGUGUCAAGAGAUUAAUGAUGUCUGUAUUGCUACAGUUUGGCUACAGCCUUCUGUAUUGAAUAACCACCACUUGACUAACUGACCAGCCUACAGAAAAUGUAACAUACAGCGAGCGUGUGUUUGUGUGUGUUUUUUCCCCACGUUUGUUUUUUGGAUAUAAAAAUCAUGCAUGUUGAAUGUCCAUGUCAAAAGGAUUUGUUUUACAAUCCUCUCUAAGUUUUACUCUAUUCUAUUAAUCUUAAUUCUUAAAAUGAUGGAAAUAUUAAAAAAAUAUUCCACUUAUUUUAAUUUUUUGCUUAAAUGCUAAGGUGAUUUCAUUAAGUCAGUCAAGUAGGCCAUAUUGUGUAAAUAUUGUAAAAGUUAUUUAAUAAAAUAUUGCUGAAUUAAA